AUGGCGGCCUUGCGCAAGACAUCUAUAGCUGCGAGCACUCUCCGCAAGAAAUUCGCCCAAACCGCGCAUCCUUCCCGCGACGACAUCCUUAACAUGCCUGAAGACGGCGGCAUCAACGGCCGCGCUGACCCCAACGAAAGAACCGGCCUCCUUUCACGAAUUACUACCACCGAUUCAGGGACACCAUUUCACAAACAUGAGAACGUCUGGAUCAAAUACCCUUUCCUGGUGCUACACUUGACCUGGGAGAUUCUCAAGACCAACUACGUCAAUGUCUUGUUGGUGUUUGUGCCCGUGGGCAUCCUGGCGGGUGUGUUGAACUGGGCGCCCUCGCUUCAGUUCAUUUUCAAUUUCAUUGCCAUCAUCCCUCUGGCAUCCCUCCUCGCCUUCGCCACGGAAGAGCUGGCUAUUCCUUUGGGACAGACAAUUGGAGGACUUCUCAAUGCGACUUUCGGAAAUGCCGUCGAACUGAUCGUGAGCAUCAUUGCUCUUCAAAAGAACGAGAUCCGCAUUGUCCAAGCUAGCAUGCUGGGCAGUAUCUUGUCCAACAUCCUCCUCGUCCUGGGAUGCUGCUUUUUCGUUGGUGGCCUGAGGUAUCCCGAACAGAGCUUCAACUCGACUGUGGCAUCGACCAUGUCGUCGCUCAUGACGGUUGCCACCUCAUCGCUGAUCAUCCCCGCCACCUUGUACGCUGUCAUGUCCAACAACAAGGCACAAGAUGAUAACAUCAUGAUUCUGUCGCGCGGCACGUCGAUCAUUCUGCUGCUCAUCUACGUGGCCUACCUGUACUUCCAGCUCAAAUCGCAUGCCAACCUUUUUGACGAUUCCGAAGCGCAAGAACAAGAGGGCGAGGAACCCCAGCUUUUGGGACCUUGGGCGGCGGGUAUUGUUUUGGUGCUCAUCACCCUCCUUGUCGCAAUCUGCGCCGAAUACCUGGUCGACAGCAUUGACGCUAUCGUGGAAGAAGCGCAUAUUAGCAAGACCUUCAUCGGUCUGAUUCUGAUCCCUAUUGUUGGAAACGCUGCCGAGCAUGUCACGGCUGUGAUAGUUGCGUGGAAGAACAAGAUGGACCUGGCUAUUGGAGUCGCCAUUGGUUCCAGUCUACAGAUUGCCAUCUUUGUCACCCCGUUCCUGGUCGUCUUGGGCUGGAUCAUGGACCGACCCAUGACGCUGCACUUUGAGACCUUUGAGACUGUAAGCUUCUUCUUGGCUUCACUGGUCGUGGUCCUCCUGAUCCAAGAUGGAAAGUCCAACUACCUCGAAGGGUUACUCUGCCUGGGCAUGUAUUUCAUCAUUGCUUUGGCAUUUUAUGUCUUGCCGGAUGAUGCGGGCACCGGCCUCAACUUGGGGAAGCUCUUCGGAGGCAGUGGUGGUGCGUGA